AAACUCACAAAGAAUAAUCUGAAAUUUUAGCACCCAUUGUUCGUUGCUAAAAGCCUGAUACAAUGUCAUUGUCCUCGUGGACCCCAAAAGCGUCCAUCACUCCGCCGAGGUAGUUGUUGAUUGUCAGGCCUAGGGAGAUUUCUUGCUUCAUGCCGGUAUGUCGCUAAAAGACCAUUUCUAUAAAAAGUGCGAUACCAAGCUGUCGUGAUGCAAACUUGAUAUUCUCCUCAACCCAAAGCAACCAACCACAGUCGCAACAGCCACACGCAUAAAGACCACAGGCCAAAAGACACCACCCAUCCAGAGACACCUAGACACAAUGCCCCCAUUCGCCAACCUCGUCAAUUAUACCCUUGGCAGGAAGGCCGAAAAGGGCAAUCCCACUGAUCAUGGCACCCCCAAGACGGUGACAUACUGGGAUGAAGAACGCAGCGAGAACCGACCCGAGUGCGUCAAGUGUCAGGAAAUUCUUCACAGGGGACCUCCGUGCCGGUGUAACCUGUGUGGCGCUGUUAACCUGGAGGUUUUGAGCGAUGGCGAUGCUAGCACGGAGAAGGCAGCGUCCGCCGAUGGCGGUAAGAGCAGCAGCAACAGCAACACGGGCAAGAACAAGAACGCCAGCAGCAGCAGUGCUGCUAAGGAGGAGGGUCGGCUGGACAAGGACUGGCAGCAUGUCAUGGUCUAUCGUCCGGGUGAGGAGUUUGUUCCCAAAUCCCAGCAGCAAGUCCACAAGAACUUGGACAAGAAUCCUAACAUCAAGACCUUGGGAAAAAAAAACCAAGCAUGCGUGAUUUGUGAAAACUGUAUUGGCCACAAAGUUGGUUUGGCAUACAGCUAGGUAAUAUUCCUAUUAAUAUCACAUAUGCCUCCAAAGUACAUUACAAGUGGACUUUGCUUCACCCUGUGUCAGGCCAAGCAGAUUGGCAUCCACUAUUCACCAACUCACAAUCCUCACUUUCGCUUUUUUCCCUGUCUUCGUCCUCUUCGUCUUCGUUGUUGUCAUUACCUCCAUCACCAU